AUGUUCAUAAGUAAAGAGGAGAUGAAUAGAACGUUGGGUGUUAAAGCCGAACUGAAUUAUAUUGAAAUGGGUAACAUCAACACAUAUUCAACAAAAUUCCAUUACCGCGUUGUUGCAAAUGUUGAUUAUGUAUCGUUUACUUGGAAUUCUGUUGGAAAAGUUGAUUACGAUGUACGAAUUGAAUCAGACGACUCGUCAGUUCUCCCAAUUAUAAGGAUUCCUCCGAAGGGAACGGUUCCCAACAACUUGCAAGAAUUCAGCGUGGAGUACCGCUGCGCCGGGCAUCGUUCGGGACAAUUUACUGUCAACUUAUACUUCAACUUUUAUUAUGACUCAAAAAUUCUACCAGUCAAACUGCGCCAAGAAAAAAUCUGUCAAUCAAGAGACGGAAGACGUGGGCUUACAGGAGCUUACGACGGAAUCGAAUUGGAAGAAGAGGACUCGGUGGAUCGGGUGUUUUUCAUCAUUAUUUGCAUUGCCACCUCAUUUCUACUCAUCGUGGCAGCCACGCUAAUAUGUUAUUUCAAACGAUCGAAGAAAGAUGACUUAAUUCAGACAAGAAUGCCGUCCUCGUUUCGGAACUCUCUCAAAUCAACAAAAAGCGCGCAACCUUUUCUUUUGAAUACUUCAAGAGAAGGAGCUCAUACAUUUUCGGCAGCUUCUAGUGCUCCUUGCUCAUUAACUUCAGUCACCUCUAUCACACCAGACAAGCCGAGAAAUAUUGAUGCCCGAAAAGCUCUUAUUCAACUUUAUCAAGAUCGAGAACUGUUCCAGCCUCUUCCUUUCAUAGACAUUGAAGGAACAUUUGGGGAAGUGAGAUUUGCAAUUUGGCGUCAGACUGAAGAUCAAUUGAAUGGAGAUGUUGACGAUGAAGAAGAUGCAAUUUGCAAUCAAGAAGCGGUUUACACAAAAACACUCAAGAAAAAUGCGACCCCAGUGCAUUUGGAGAGAUUCUUGAAUGAAGCGCUUCUUUUCCAUAAUAUCACUCCACAUACAAAUCUGGCGCAGGUUUCGUGCAUCGCGAGUUUCGGAAGAUUUGAUUGUCCUGAAACAGUUACUGAUUUUCCGCUUAUAUGCUAUCGGCAUCAAGGGUUCGGAAACUUGAAAAAGUUUCUGCUCAACUGCCGAAUGGGUGACAAGUCGAAAGGCGCUCAGACUUUACGAACUCAUCAAUUAGUUAAUAUGGCAACUCAAUUGGCAUCAGCGGUUGCUCACUUACAUAAAUAUCGAAUUAUUCACAAUGAUAUUGCCGCAAGGAAUUGCUUGGUUGCUGAUGUUCACAAUCGUUUACAUGUUCAAUUAUCCGAUGCUUCCUUGUCGCGUGACCUAUUUCCUUCUGAUUAUCACUGCUUAGGUGACAAUGAGAAUCGUCCAUUGAAAUGGAUGGCUCCAGAGGCAAUUGCAAGUGGGAUUUAUUCCUCCGCUUCUGAUGUGUGGUCCCUUGGAGUUCUCAUUUGGGAAUUAAUGUCGCUUGGUGCUUCUCCGUUCACCGAAAUUGAACCCGAGGAUAUUUAUGCAGUAAUCGUUAAAGGUGCACGAUUGCAUCAACCAAGUAACUGUCCAGAUCAGCUAUACAAAGUAAUGCUGUGUUGCUGGCGCAACAUUUGUGAAGAAAGACCACAUAGUGACCAAGUUCUUCAGGGUCUCCGUGAUUUCAAUAUUCAACUCAGUCAAUACAUUUAA